GCCAUCUUACAUAAGCCACAUCCGCAAGCCAAACCACAUCUUGUGUCACAGCCCACUGACAACCCUACCACACCAUCGAACGCACUUGCAAAACCACCUUCUCGCCUGCAACGCAACGCUAGCAUCCCCCAUUUCCACUUUAAACCACAAGUCAUAAGGAAAAUGGCUCUGAAGCGCAUUAACAAGGAACUUUCGGACCUGGGCAAGGACCCACCAUCCUCCUGCUCUGCAGGUCCCAUCGGCGAUGAUCUUUUCCACUGGCAAGCAACAAUCAUGGGCCCUGGCGACUCUCCAUAUGCAGGAGGCGUCUUCUUCUUAGCCAUCCAUUUCCCGACAGAUUAUCCAUUCAAGCCGCCCAAGGUUAACUUCACGACUCGCAUCUACCACCCUAACAUCAACUCAAAUGGCAGCAUCUGCCUUGAUAUUCUGAGAGACCAGUGGAGCCCUGCCUUGACCAUUUCUAAGGUGUUACUAUCAAUCUGUUCUAUGCUCACGGACCCGAAUCCCGACGACCCUUUAGUUCCUGAGAUUGCGCACGUCUACAAGUCUGAUCGUGCUCGUUACGAGGCAACUGCUAGAGAGUGGACACGCAAGUAUGCCGUCUAAUCUCAGCUUUCUACAUUCGAGAAUAAGACGAGGUGCUUGGGAAGAAGGAUACGACUGUAUGACAUCUGCAUGCCAGUUGACGAUUGGGGAACGGCAGUAUGCUAAGUACUCCAGCUUUGUCAAUCCGUUGCAAGUUAUGGGCAAUGUAAGGACUUAAACAUUCAGCUCCAUUUUCGGAGCUGGGAAGCGUAGCUAGAUCUUUUACACGAACUUGUACGGACACAUUUCACACCACUCUAAAGCGCUCUCAAUCCUCUUUCCAAUUGCAAUUAUCGUGAAAGCAUAAGAAUGUUAUUAUUUCGGAGAUUACUUCAUGAGCAAGAUCGAUCAACCUUGGUGGUCUAAGACUAGAGAUCAGUCGUGAGCGAGUUAUGAUUUCUCGAUGUGAGCAUUAUUAGAAUUCAUGUACAGGUAAAUCAAAAUCUGGGCGUACGGAACGCA